CACACGUACAGACACACACACACUUACAGACACACACAGACACACACACACUGUCGCGCUUGACCAAUCGCACGCACGCGCGCUGCCUCCUCUCUAAACCCCACAGCUCAUAUGCGCGCGUGUUAUAAGGACUCGGUCCGCUGUCAGUGGUUCAUGUCUCCCUGUGAUGCGAAGCUUGACCCGUGAUGUAAUUCCUCUGCACGCAUAAAUAUAGUUGUUGGGGCUAAAAAAGCACGCCAUGGCCGAGUUUUGUUGCUGAACGGUGGUCAAGUCACUCCGGACCUGCAAACUUGGACUCGGAGUGUGAUUUCAGGGCGCUCGCGCUACCACAUCGAGCGCGACUUCAUGCCGCUCAACAGCGCGAGCCGCGGCUUCGCUUGUGAGUAAGCGCUUUUGCUCUGUGGAAUCUUUUUUUGGGGGGCGGCGAGGGGGGACCGUGGACACCAAAAUAGACAAAGAGCAUAUUUUUAGAGUAUUUGAACGCCUGCAGACAGUGACGCGUGCCUCCGUGUUGGUCAGGAGGAUGAGUGUUCAUUCGGCCCUCUUGCCGUUACUGGUGUUGGGACUCGUGGCGAGCUCGGUGCGCUGCGCUCCUCUGCCCAUGGAGCGACGCUGGGAGACUCUUUACUCGCGCUCUUUGGCCCGGAUUCCCGGGGAGAAGCGAGAAGUCAACCGGGACAGUGACUAUCUCACGGGCAUUAAGAGACUGCGGCGCCUCUACUGCAACGUGGGCAUUGGGUUUCAUCUCCAAGUAUUACCCGACGGUAGGAUUACUGGGGUGCACAACGAAAACCGUUACAGUCUUCUUGAGAUAUCUCCGGUCGAGCGCGGAGUCGUGACACUGUACGGCGUCCGGAGCGAGCUAUUCGUGGCCAUGAACAGCAAGGGGAAGCUCUACGGAUCUGUGCAGUACUCAGACGAGUGCAAAUUUAGAGAGACUCUCCUGGCAAACAACUACAACGCGUACGAGUCCCUGGCAUACCCAGGCAUGUACAUCGGACUGAGCAGGACAGGCAAAACAAAAAAAGGAAACCGAGUGUCAACAGCAAUGACGGUGACACAUUUCUUGCCAAGAAUCUAAACGAACACGGGAAGAAGGCACAACACAUGCAGCCAAUGCAGGGGGAAGCCUGGACGAUGCACUUUCUACAAAUCUUACACACGAGGUCGAGUGUAUCGCAUUAUUAUCAUUAUCAUUAUGAUUGUUAUUAUUAUCAUCAUGUAUAUUAGCCUAUUUAUAAUCGUUCGUUUAUAUUUCCUUUUAAACAGCCUCUUUCUAUGUGUGGAAAAAAACACUUUUAAUUUAUUUGUUUAUUUAUCCUUUCUGCUGCUACCGAGUGUUUAAUACCUGAAAUUCCUACAAUUAACUACAAUAUGGGUUUUUGCACUGUUGGUUUUUUGUUUGUUUUAAAUUUUUUUAAGGUUAAGGAGAGGAGUGGUGGAUGUUUUGUCCACAGAAAAGAAAGUGCACAAAAUCUUAGGCUAAGUCUAAAACCGCAUGUAACCACACCAAACUGCACCUGCGCAUACGUGAAAAUUGGCGUGUGUAAGCUACUAUUUUGACCUACAGUUUAGAAUGCGUUUUGGACAUAGCCUUAUGGUGAGGUGCACGUCAUGUUGAAAAUGAGCAGAAUUACGAGUUACGCCCACGGAAGAACUCGUCAAUAUGACUUGGACAUAUUUAUUAUUAUAAUUACUAUUGACUAUGAUUUGUGAUGCUUCAGCUAGGUAUAAUUUAAUUAUUGAUUUUUUUUUCAACAGUGAAGACUUGGGAAGAUGCGAAGACAAAGCAAAUUAUUGUGGGGAAAACCUUACAGCAUCUACUGUCUCAGAAAUAAAUGCACCAAACUGUACUUAUCCUUGUCACAUUUGUACCUUUAGUAUGUAUCUUUUACCUGGGAAGGUGCAUGUGGUGUACCUUUAAUUAGUCUUUAGAGUAAAGGUACAUCACUCCUUAAGGUCCAAUUAUGUACUUUAAAAUAUACUUAAAGGUAAGAAUACAUAUUAAUGAUACAAAAGAUGUCGCUUGAUGGUACCACUUCAGCGACAAGCAAACGAUCAGAUUGGUCCAAUUAUUUCUGAUUUGUAUUUUAUGUUUUGGGUAGCUUAUAGACAGUUUGAUAGAAGUACUUGAACUUGCUCCAAGUCAUAUUCAUGACUUCCAAAGUGGCAUAUGUGAAUUGCAGGAUUAGCAUGAACACAGGAUUAGUUCAAGUUUCUUGACUUGUGAAAUUGUACCAACCCCAAUGGUAUUACGCACUGAAGCCAUUGUCCAAUGUCCGAGCUCUGGGGGUCUAACCGAAACAGUAUCAGCUUACUCUUGGCCACUGAAAGUGGGCUGUUGAAGUCCUACACCCCUCAAAUCUGUUUUUAGCUCUGCUCCAGUGGGGUGGGGUCGGGUGGGGGUGUGGGUGGCUUGUGGGGUGGGGGGCUGAACUCUGAACUUAUCCGCUGUCAAUCUUUGUCAGAUCUAUAGAGGAAGGUAUCUUCAAGUAAAUUCCAGACCACUUCAUACAAAUGAAGUUCAAUUCAGUCUUCCCUGUUGUACAUUAUGGGCCAUGGUGGUGUUCAGGGAAGCGUUAGGCCUAUAUAUAUAAAAUCAGUAUUCAAAUGUACUGAUAAAAGAAACAGAACAUGAAAUCUAUAGAAAAGUGGCCAUGGAGUUGAACGUUUUCCAACUAGAUCCUCAAGGACCCCUAGACGGACAUGUUGCUUGAUCUGAGCUCUCAGCACACUUGUACCACUUAUUCAAUAUUCUUGAUUGCUUGGUAGAGGUGUGAUUAGGUCUGGGAUAAAGCAUAAAUGCAGGAAUACUUGGGUUGAGAAACAUUAUAGUCUAUUCAUAUUAAUUUUUUUCUUUUUUCUUUUUUUGUGGUUCAUUCAUUUAUAUUUAUUUAUUUUUUUUAUUAAUUUGAUAAGUUCAAAGGAGACAUAUGUCCCUUUCACUCAUUCUCUACCUCAUAACGUUGUUGACCGACAGACUCCUCUUCCCAGUUUUGCUGACGACAAAUGUUUUUCCUGUUGCUGCGUCGCCCCUCGGCUGAAGUCCUGGAAGGCCACUAGCUGCGCCUUGUCACGUUUGAGCUAUCUUUACCCUGUGAUUUACUUUUAGAAAUGAUAAUCAUGGUGGAAAUAUUUGAAGACAGCUGUGAGACUGCACUAUAUGCUUGACCGGUAACCCUAUAUUUUUCUUGAUAUAUUUUGUUAAAUAGAACAUUGCAUAAUUGGUGAAAUGCCGAGUGGCUGCUUUUUAGGUUGGGUGUUUCAGGAGAAGUAGGCUUACUGCCAUAACAGAAAGCGGUUUAUCAAAUCCAUUUAGGACUGACUGAGAUGAUCUCAAGUGAAGCAUUCCUUAUUAUUAUUUGUGUUUGUUACAGGUACAAAAUUAAAUUAGCAUGAAAAUGAUUUGAGAAUGUCCUUUAAUUAAUUAAAGUCACAUUUUGUGUUAUAUGGUGAAUGUGGACAGGGAUAAGUGGAUGAGUGGAUUGAUAGGGGUGAUUGUGACUGGUAAUUAGGUUCAAAUUUGAAUGAAAAUGGUCUUGUUAGACUGACUCUAGAAUGAAAGUCUUUAUCAGAAAUCACAGCCAUAUUUAUUUAGAAAUCUUGACGAAGAAUCUGAGGAAUAUGUACUACAGUAUUUGUUGAAAUCCACUUUUUUGCAUUGUAUAAUUCCUCUGCUUUACUAAUAUUCAUGUUUCUAUUCUACCUGACCAUGUAGAAUUAUUCGUUUUGUUUGAUUUCCCUGAAAUGCUGUUGUGUCAGAGGAGCCAUUUCCCUCUUCUUACUUCUUCCUUUCCUAGAGCCAUGUCAAACCUCUUUCCAAAUGGAGCUGUUUUGCAUCAUUGUGGAUAUUGUUUACAAUUGGCUGGACGCUCAGUGAAGGCAAAUAGCUUCUCUGACCCUCAUCAUGAUCUGGAACAGAUACAAAUCAACCGGACUAAAUUUGCUUAACCAAAAGCGUGCAGUAUCAACAAGCACGGCCAUGCACUCCGGCGGUAGCAAGAAUGAAUGAACAGAAAUGCAUCACUGCCUAAUCUAAUCAGCCACUCCACAACCGUCUCUAAUAGCCUAAUGUCCAUUUUUAUGAGUUGUACUUAAAAAUAUGAACAGUAUGGAAAUAAACAAUUCAUUUUUAUUUCUGUCAAUUCCUUUACGGCCAUUUCUCUGCAUCUCUGGUGAAGUUGUUGGACUGUCUGUCUGAGUCCUGUGGUGGUGUGCUCUGAACCUUGUUGACAUUUUACCAAAUAUUGUCUGUAGUUUUAUACAGUUCCUGUUCAACAUUGUGAUGUAUGUGCUGUGCACAUGACAAUACCCUAACUUAAGUGGAAGUUAAUAAAGCUCAGAACAACAACAACAACAAAAAGAGCUGUGUGCUUUUAAUGCCUCCCUUUAGAAGGAAAAGCAGGGCUGAUCAGAAGCAGGGUUUAACCCGUUCCCACAAACCACAUCCACAGCUGGCAUACUGUAGCAUCAUCUUAACCAGGCAUCAAUAGUCCUUGGUCACAUAAAACACUAGUAAGAAUAGAUCACUUUGGAGUUUAAGUAUAGAAAAAAAAGUUUGCUGUUGAGCCUAAAAAUACGCUUGCAGACGCUGCUAGACUAUGCGUGGGCAGCAUUUCUGCAGGGACAGCAGUGCCAAGUCACUGUCUUGCCUUUGUUUACUUCGUCCAGGGCCUGGUUUGCAGAUUGGGCGUCUUUUACAGACCGAACGGUUACUCCCAGGAGUGUAAUCCUCCUCCUUUAGUUCAGAAAGCUUCAUGCAGUAGACGCCUGGGAGGGUGCAGGAGGGAACGAGUUUCUGCCCUUCCAGGCAUGCACUUCCCUGAAAAGAGAGCUGGAGAGGGCCCUUCCUUUUUCAGAGUGUUGACUAAUGAAGGAACCCCCCGACUCCAAACUUCUACAGCAACUUUACUUUCUUUAAUUCUUUGUUUAAUUCAUUUUAUGACAAUACACCACCAGUUAAGUCCAAAACAGUUUGCUAAGACAACAAGCACAAUGGAGAUGACAUUUACAAGCCAGUUCUCUCUCUGACUGAAGGAAUUUUGGCACAAGGGUGUACAAGCUUGAAGGCUUCUCUCUAUUUACAAAGCAUUAGCAUUUAGAAAUCCCUGCAAAGCUCCAAAAUCUCUGUCAUUUUAAUGUUCGUUUUGCCAACAAAUGGACAACAGAAAUAGAUCUAGGGUCAAUAGAAGUCUGACAGUGGACUUGAAUGACUACAGAAGACUCAAAACCAUUUAACUGUUUAAAUCUGAAUUGAGGUCAUAGUGGAAUUGUAAUUAGACACACAUUAGAAAGAAAGUAGAUCAUGAUUGCUGUUUAAUAAUAGGAAAAAAAGAACAACCACAGAUUCAUGAACAUUCCCAUAAUCCAUGUCUAGCAACAGAAAUGACCUUCAAAAGGUUCUUUUGAUAGCGUCGGUGAAUCCGCAGCAUCCACAAACUUCUAUUCAAAUAAACAUCGUGCCACAACAAAAGAGAAGGCAAACGGAGACAGGUGUGGUCACUUAAUACACAAGUAUUCCUGGCCAUGAGCUGGAGCUAAAUGGAGCUCUGUCAUUGCCUGAAAGAAUGACAGCUUUCUGCUCCAAUAAACGGAAUGUAUGAGGGUUGUAAAGGCCCCCCUUAAAAUAGCUGCCCUGUUCCACCUACCUGCGUCAGCUCCGUCGUCUGUCAACCAAAUAAACAUCCAACCGCCUCUCAAGUGCCUCUUCUCCACUAAACAGUUUGCCCCCGAAACUGCCUUUAUAUCACAACAGGCCUUUCAAGUUCUCCAGCACAAAGACUUCACAGGGCACCCCGAUGGCUUGAAACAGCUCGCAACGAUGCGUUUGCUAACAGGAAGUGCAUUGGCUACUAAUUGUCUAAUCGGUGAUUGGUAGAAGAGCUCAGGCAGAUGUUGGGGGAAAUAGAGCUGCUAGUGCUUGGCUAAUUUGUGUGUGUGUAUAUAUAUAAAUAUACACACCACUGUAACAAAAUAUGGCACAUACUCUUAGGAGGAUAGUAAUAUUCAAUGUAGUUUAUAGUUUAGAUAUAGUAUUUAGUCACAUCACUAGUAGUAGGGUUUCAACCUUUAUGUCAUUCUAUAUAAAAGUGUUAUAAAUAAGUCGUUGAUUUGCUUGGUCCGUAGUAAAAUCAGUGCAUACUAUUAGAACUGAACAUUCAAAUUUGGGUUAACCACUGACUCAGAUCUCUGUGAUGGUCAGAUCUCUGGAUUAUCUUUCAUUUUAUAUACAGCCAUCAUGAAAUAAUAGAAACUUUUUAAUUGGUUAUUUAUUUAUUUUUUUUACAGAACUGUCAUGUGAUCUUUACUUGUUGCUGUGAAAUUAAACUUUUUUUUUCUUGGUAUAUGGUAUCAUGUCUGUGGAUAAUUCUAUUUCCUUCCUAAACUCAUUUCAACCCAUUGAAAUGAUGCGUAAUGAUGGGGGGCUUCUCAUGUAGGUUUCAGUCUCCAUCUGUGGGUGGCCUCAAUUACUGGACUGGUUUUCCGAUUCUGCAUAAUUUCCGAUGUCAAGUUAAAAAUAGGGAUGGUAUGAAUACAUAAAAAAAACAGCCUAUCUAUCUAUCUAUCUAUCUAUCUAUUCAUUUAUUUGUUCUUUUAUUUAUGCACAUGUUUAAAAUAACAACACCACCAACAACAAACAAAAAAUCCUAAACAGAUCCUAAACUAAUGAUUAUUAACUAAGAGUAAAUUAUUAAGUGCUCUUUAACUGUCUUUAA